AUGCGUCUCGCUGGGUCUGUGGCGGCGGUGGGCACAGCCGUUUGUGGCGAAGACGAUGAAUCCGAUGAAGAGGCCAGCAGAGAAAAGGCAGAAGAAGAUGAUGAUGAUUGGAAGUAUUGCCAACAAGCAAUACCUUCAUCCUCAACUGCGAAAGACUUGGAUCCUCCAGCCCCACAAGCUGCCGAAGCGCCAGUGGCCCCUAUGAUACCUACUGAAGUGCCUCCACUGGCGGCUGAAGCACCUGCCACUGAGCCCGUCCCUCCACCUGCACAGCCUGAGACGCUGGAUGAAUCAAUGUCCUAG